GCGUUAUAUCGUGAUGUUUGCUACCUCGUUUAGCUGCCAUGUAGCUAACGUUAGCGACAUAAUAUUACUAUUAGCAGUUGGCUUAACCUAAUAACGUCACCACGGACAUGACAGCGGGGCAGAGACAGGGUGCAGUGAAGUCCUGUCGUUAAAGGUGGAAUCGGUUGUGAAUUGUGAGCAAGACAGGGCAGGACUCGCUGAUGGAGGUUAGCCAGAAGCUAACGCAGGACUGAAGCUACGGUGCCGUGUUGGAGUCACUCAAUAAUAAUCAAUAUCAAAGAUGUUUUAAAAACAGAAGUUAUGGCCGAACACCACAUGAUGUUUUGACACUUUAAAUAACAAAAAAAUAACAAAUAAGUAAAGGUUUUUGAAAAGUUGUACAUACAUGGGAGAGGUACUACAAAUAUGCAGUAUCCUUUUAGGCAUUUAAACCCAUUUUUGCCUGAAAAAAUGCAGUCGAACAGAAAAUUUAGGCGUCACGUCAUUGACCCACAUUUUUAACAAAUAAAAACACAUUCUUAAAUUUCAGAGCAUCACUGUGACUGAUCAACUGAUCAACAAAUGUAGCAAGAUGUGAAACCUUUGCUUGUUUAGACUCAAUACUUCUAAGGGAAGUUUUCACCAAGCUUUUGUCCUGGUGGUACCGGCCUACCCUGGACCCCCCCAUAACCAUCCAUGCGCUUAUGUAUGAGGAAGGAUGUGAUGCUGCAUAUGUCAGUCAAUGGUCAUGUGGCAACGCCGCCAUGCUGCUGUACCAGAAGUUAAGUUUGACAUCCCUAGUUUAAAUUGAUUACGGAGUGUCUGUGCAGCACAACAUGGUUAUCAUCUAACAAGUUAACUUCUCGGCUUCAACAGGCUCGGUCAGCUUUCAGUGUGCUCAUUUCAGAAUUUGCAUAUUUCAUUAGCCCGUGUUUGAUGUUAAACAAUGUGCAUCUUGCAAUAGCAAAGCUCAGUACACAGCUGUUGCAGCGUCUAUGUGUUUGUAUGAAUGUCUGUUUAUUUAUUUAUUUUACAUAAUAGAUUUUUUUUGUGACUCGCUAUUUUUCAAAAACCUUUUUGUGAGAUUUGCCUUGACUAAGUACGAAUUACAAUUAUUUUCACAGAGCCAUUAUGUCCACAAGGAGGAGGAGGAAAAAGCCUAUAGACGAUGCAAAGACAUACAUUCUGUCUUGCACUGACAAGGAUGGGUUUAUGCCGAGAUUCAUUGACCGUUACAAAGGAAGAGGAGUGUUUGCCACACAACCCAUUGAACCCGGGGACUUCGUGUUGGAGUACAGGGGUAAACUCCUCACACAGGAGGAAUGCAAGUCAAGAAAAUACUCAGAGAUUGAAAGCACAUUUCUCUUUGACUUUCAGUGGCAGAAUCAUCACUUAUGCCUGGAUGCAUCUGAAGAAGAUUUAUCUCUCGGAAGAUUGGUCAAUGACAACCACCAAAAUCCAAAUUGCGUUAUGAAAAAAAUCAUAGUUGACAACAAACCACAUUUGUGCCUUUUUUCUCUGAAGAAAAUAGAAAUAGGAGAUGAAAUUGAUUACAACUAUGGUGAUUCAAAAUGGCCUUGGCGCUGUAAGGUGAGUUGGUUAGAUUAAGUAUAGAGAUUUCUUUUUUUAAAUUUUUUUGUUGCAAAAGAAAAUUUUGUAUUUCUCCAAAAUUAACCAUGUUUCCAAUAUUACUCUUGACUGUCUAUGGAAAUGCAUUUAAUCUUUGAUCUGUGAUGUGUGUUAAAAUGAGUUCUUCUUUAUCUGCAAUCCAGUUGAAAAAAAACCAAGCUCCAGCCGCAGCAGAAGAGAAUGAGACCAGCCCUGUUCCUCAGAUGCUGAAUGAUAGACCUAACCCAGAUCAGACCUGCACACAGGUGAAAGGCCUUCAGACUCCUGCUGCAGCAGAAGAGAAUGAGACCAGCCCUGUUCCUCAGAUGCUUAAUGAUAGACCUAACCCAGAUCAGACCUGCACACAGGUGAAAGGCCUUCAGACUCCUGCUGCAGCAGAAGAGAAUGAGACCAGCCCUGUUCCUCAGAUGCUUAAUGAUAGACCUAACCCAGAUCAGACCUGCACACAGGUGAAAGGCCUUCAGACUCCUGCUGCAGCAGAAGAGAAUGAGACCAGCCCUGUUCCUCAGAUGCUUAAUGAUAGACCUAACCCAGAUCAGACCUGCACACAGGUGAAAGGCCUUCAGACUCCUGCUGCAGCAGAAGAGAAUGAGACCAGCCCUGUUCCUCAGAUGCUUAAUGAUAGACCUAACCCAGAUCAGACCUGCACACAGGUGAAAGGCCUUCAGACUCCUGCUGCAGCAGAAGAGAAUGAGACCAGCCCUGUUCCUCAGAUGCUUAAUGAUAGACCUAACCCAGAUCAGACCUGCACACAGGUAUUUACUGUCCAAGGAUUUUCACUGGUUGAUUAUCCAGAUAGUGAUGAAACUGAUGAGGAUGGUAUGGAAAACGAACCUCCCACCCCACACCUGGAUGUUAUUAUAGGGCAGAAUGAUAUUGGCCCAGAUUUUUCAGAUCAUUUGUACGAUUCAGAUGAAACUGUUGUGAAAGAAACUUGUGAUGAGGCUUCUCCAAGCAACCAUUCCAACAAUCAAUCGGAUGAUGAACUUGUUCCACCACUGAGACGCACAAAAAGCAUUCUGGAAACACUACAGGCUCCCAGAAAGCACCCUCCAAUUAGCCAAAGUAAGUAAAGUCCUCCUGGCAAUGGAACAAGGACGCCUAGGAGAUUACAAAGGAAAGAGCCUCGAUGAAAUACAAGUCGAUGUGAAUGAGACCAUUGACAUGGAGGGACCUUUAGCAGAGGACAUUGAAGAUGUCAGUAUGCUAAGAGAUGAUGGGUCAGACGAUGAGGUCAGCAUGUCAUCCACGCAAGAAUGUACCUCCACAUCACAAAGUCAAAACCAGGGAGUGUCUGCAACCGAUGUCAGUAUGCCAAGAGAAGAGGGGUCAGAAGAUGAGGUCAGCAUGUCAUCCCUGCAAGAAUGUCCAAAACCGGAGUGUGUCUGCAAAAAAGAGAGGUAAGCUUUGGGGCUUGCACUCUCUUUUGGGCCAGAGCUGCUCAUUUAUUUUUAAGGGCUUUUACUUUGCUUCCUUGACUCAACACUUGAAAUAUGUCUGUCCCUCCUUACUGUCCGGUGCCACAAGCCUGACAGUGACUUGAAAGAAGCUGUUGCAGGAACAGACCUUGUGAGCCUGCAUUGUCGCAGGUUGUAGGGUUGG